AUGGAUCUCAGCUUCAACAACACCAACAGAGUUUCUCUGGACAAUGAACAUGGGAAGAAUGACACCACCUUGCGCUUGAACUUUCUCGGCUAUGGAGCAAACCGUGUACACAGCAACACCAUCAGCGCCAGAUUUGGCAGUGGCACUCAGAGCAAUCCCAAGAACAAUUUCUGUAACAGCUUACACGAGGAAGACGCAUGCAAAUUGGUCCUCGGUUUGGGUCCCACACCGAGCACUUACAGUGGGGAUUUCUCCAACAAUGCUGGAGGAACUGUUAGCAACCCGAAAGGCUCUCAUCCUUCGACACUCGAGGGUGACUCAAUCUUAAAGCUCGGCCUUUCUGAAGCCGGGCUAGUUGCCAAUGAUUCCUUCAGUGGACUCGAGAACAGUUCAGUUACUGAGACAAAUCAAGCACCUGCUGACAAUACAAGAUUCUCCUUCCCAGUUUUAGACGAGGGCUCCACUUCAGCAAAGAAAUCAGCUGGUGGAUACAUGCCUUCACUUCUCUUGGCUCCCAGAAUGGACAUUCGAAAAGCUCCACCACCACGGACAGAACUCAUCGACUUUGAACUGAGUCACGAGCCAUCUGCCACCACGGAUUUCUCUUCUGCUUCCGAGCAAACGACGACUGCUACCUCUGAAAGCCACCAUGGUGCCACCAAUGCAAAGAGAUGCAGCUUCUUUGGAUGUUCUAAGGGAGCACGCGGUGCCACGGGGCUCUGCAUUGGCCAUGGCGGAGGCCAAAGAUGUCAGAAGCAAGGCUGCAACAAGGGCUCCGAGAGCAGAACCGCGUAUUGCAAAUCCCAUGGAGGGGGAAGAAGGUGCGAGCACUUGGGCUGCACGAAGAGUGCCGAGGGGAAGACCGAACUCUGCAUAGCCCACGGAGGGGGCCGUAGAUGUGGCUUCCCCGAUGGAUGCACGAAAGCCGCACGUGGCAAGUCCGGGCUGUGCAUUAGACACGGCGGAGGGAAGAGAUGCAACGUUAACGGCUGCACUAGGAGUGCAGAAGGGCAGGCAGGGUUGUGCAUUUCUCACGGUGGAGGAAGGCGUUGUCAGCAAGAAGGAUGUGCCAAGGGCGCACAGGGUAGCACAAAGUACUGCAAAGCUCACGGUGGCGGGAAGAGGUGCGUGUUUGCAGGGUGCACGAAGGGCGCAGAAGGCAGUACACCGUUGUGCAAAGGUCACGGUGGAGGGAAGAGGUGUUCCUACGACGGCGGUGGGAUUUGUCCGAAGAGUGUUCAUGGUGGCACCAACUUCUGCGUGGCUCACGGUGGAGGGAAGAGGUGCGUGGUGCCCGGGUGCACGAAGAGCGCGCGUGGACGCACUGAUUGCUGCGUCAGGCACGGUGGAGGGAAGCGGUGCAAGUUCGAGAGCUGCGAGAAGAGCGCUCAGGGGAGCACGGACUUCUGCAAAGCCCACGGCGGCGGGAAGAGGUGCUCGUGGGGAGGAGAAGAAAUGGGGAAAUGCGAGAAGUUCGCGAGAGGGAAGAGUGGUCUUUGUGCUGCUCACGCGAGCUUGGUCCAGGAGAGGGAGAUGGGGAAAGGUGGAAGUAUGAUCAGACCGGGGCUGUUUCGAGGGCUCGUUUCGGCAGCUGCUGCUGCAGCCUCAACGGCUGGCGGCAGUGUUGAGAACAACACUUACAGUUUCUCAGGAGGCAGCGGGGUGUCGGAGAGUAGUGGUGGUGGUACCUUGUUGGAGAAGCCAGCGAAACGCCGGCAACUCAUACCGCCACAGGUGCUGGUUCCACUUUCGAUGAAAUCAUCAGCUGUGGGGUCGACGUAUUCGAGCUUCUCGAAUGGCGGGAAGCGAGAUGGAGGAACUAGUAGUGAUGGGCUCAUGAUGGUUCCUGAAGGGAGAGUCCAUGGUGGUGGGCUCAUGUCUCUGUUUGGCGGGAACCUGAAGAAUGCUGCCAUUGAUGGGGUUUAA